AUGGGUUCUUUCUGUGCUACGGAGGGGUUUAGAGCUUCAAUUUCGAGAACAGCCUCCUCUCUCUGCGGUUCCUCUGGAAUUUUCUAUGACCAGAGACCCGUGGAAAAAUCUGUUGUUACAAGAGGAAGUGUCUCUACUUCUCCAAAAGAAUGUAUUGGAAGAAUAUCUGGUGAUUCCACAUUUCAAAAUGGAGACCAACAGGUCGAUCAGAACCUCUCUCCAUACAGGGAUGUGGACGUCUUCUUUAAAUCUGACGGAUGCUUAUUUUCAUGUCCCUAUAGCUCCGGCUUAUCGGAAGUUUCUUCGUCUGGUCUGGGAGGGCAAGGUUUUCUGAUUUCUCUGAUGGACAUAGUACCUUUAGGUCGUCUUCAUACUCGCCUCAUUCAGUGGUAUCUUCUGGAAUUUUGGGUACCAGCCUCACAACAGUGGGAAGCUGUUAUUCCCAUUCUUCCCAGAUUGUAUCCUCAUCUUCUGUGGUGGUCAGUGAGAGAGAAUGUUAUGAUAGGUUGCUCGCUAGACCCCCCAGUUCCUUCUAUGACCCUGUUUACAGAUGCUUCUCUGACAGGCUGGGGAGCUACCCUGGAAGGCAGAGAGGCAUCAGGUAUAUGGUCCGGUCUCCAGUUGACAGAACACAUCAAUUUACUGGAGAUGCGGGCUGUUCUUCUGGCAUUGAAACACUUUUCCCAAUUUGUUCAGGGUCAAUCUCUGAUGAUAGCCACAGACAAUACAACAGUAGUGGCUUAUCUGCAGAAUCAGGGCGGCACACAUUCUCAGUCUCUUUACCUUCUGUGCAAAGAAAUUCUGUUGUUUUGCCGUUCCCUGGGAAUUCGCUUGUCAGUCAGGCAUGUUCCUGGCAAUCUGAAUCUAGUAGCGGAUGCUCUCUCAAGGUCACUGCAUCCAGUGAAUACAGAAUGGGAGUUACAUCCAGCAGUCUUUCAGGAGAUCUGUCUCAAGUGGGAUCGUCCUCAUAUAGACCUCUUUGCUACGCAUCUGAAUUGCAAACUGCCAACGUUUGUCUCUCCGAUUCCAGACAACAAAGCUUUAGCAGUGGAUGCAAUGUCUUUCGAUUGGAAGGGGAUGUUUUCUUACAUGUUUCCUCCUUUUCGCCUCCUUCCCAAGAUUUUACACAAAAUCAGGGUAGAAAUUUGCAAGACCAUUCUUAUUGCUCCAGCAUGGCCAAAACAAUCUUGGUUUCCAGAUCUUCUUCAACUGUGUUGUGCGAGACCAAUUCUGCUUCCUCUCAGGAAAGAUCUUUUGUCUCAAUUCAAAGGCAGGAAAGUUCAUCAGAAUCUUUCCAACCUCCAUCUACACGCAUGGUUACUGUCAGGGAAUCUCUCAGACAGGAUGGCUUUUCUGACAGAGCAGCCAAACGUAUCUCUAGUUCAGUCAGAAAAUCUACAGGAGCAAUUUAUGACUCUAAGUGGAACAUCUUCUGUUCUUGGUGUCGUUCAAAGGAAAUUGAUCCUCUCGCAGUUACUGUCCAACAGUUAG